AUGUUUUUAGAAUGUUUUCUGAUAUCGAUGUUGAUGAUUAUUUUAAUCGUCAAUAAAUCGCAUACUGUGAAAUAUCAUUUGAAGUAUUUAAUUUAUUAUGGUGGAGUGAUGGUUGCAGCUUUUCUGUUUUUUCCUUACUUUGCUACACGUCCGCAAAAUGUUUUAAAUCUUUUUCCACCGAAAGUCAGUGAGAAAGAAAUUUUCGUUCCUAGAACUGCAAGUAAAAUUCUUAAUCCCAUAUCAAAGGCCAUUGGAUUACAAUGGGAACUUAGAGGUGCUGAACAUUUGAGAAAAAAUCAAACCUUUGUAUGUUUGGUAGGUACUCAAAAAUCUCUUGAUAAAUGA